AUGGCCUCCGCGGCCAAGUACAUCCAGCUGGCCAAGACGCUCCCCCCCCCCCUGCAGCGAUUCUUCGCCCGAUGGCCGCCCGCGUCGCUGCAGCCCGCGGGCUCCCCCCCCACCCGCCACCAGGAGCAGCGUCCUGACCCGUUCCGAUCGCACGAGCACCCCGUCACGGGCAAGUGGCACGACGCGGCGUACUCGUGCCGCCGCCAGGCCCAGCUGGUCCGGCUGGCGCGCGAGCACGGCGUCGAGGACCUCCUCCCGCCGACGAGCAAGGGCACCGAGCACCGCCUGGCGCGCCGCGUCGAGCUCGGCCUGAGGGUAAAGGGCACCGGCGUGGGGCAGACGGUCAAGGGGCGCAUCCACGAGCGCCACAUGAUUGCAAAGAUGGAGCAGCGGAGGAAGGCUAUGCUGGAGAUGCCGAAGCUGAUGACGGCUUGGAAGAGGAUUGGCAAGAGAAACUGGACCAAAUGGCCCAAAUAG